AUGGUGAGGAUAAAGCCUGAGCAUUACGCUCCUAGCUCUGCUACGAAGCUUCACGCUCGUAGCGCCGGCCUGUUUCGUGUUCUUUCCCAGAUAGGCAAGAAUGCCUGUGUUGUCGGCAUCCCUCCUUCGUGGGGGAUUAACUCCACGUUCAACGUGGAGGAUCUGGCGUCGCACCAAGCCCCACCUCUUUCAUCUGACAUCGAGCCCUCAUCUACCGGCCCCUUCUCUGAGAGAGAGUUUGCCAUGGAGUCCACUCUCCCCAUUUUAUCACCUAAUUGGCACGAGCAAGUCGAGGAGAUUCUUCGGGAGGUAAUUGACUUUACAGGGAAUGAAGUUUCACGGAGCUUCCUAGUACGUUGGCAAGGUCGCCCGUCGGAGGACGAUGCUUGGAUUUCGGAGGCGGACCUGGAGCGACUACGACCAGACCUGCUGGAGCCCUUGCCUUCCCCACUUGCCAACUCGUCGGAGUCGAGUUCUUUCGACCCCGGGAGGAUUGAUGGCUAG